UCCCUGUAACUUAAAACUCUGGGCAUCACGUGUCCGGAAGCGGAAGCUCCUCGCAAACACCGGCCGGCUCCCAGUGUGGGCAGUCACAGUGCAGCCACAGGUUUCCUGUGUUAUUUGGAGGCAGACUGGAAUUUGGCGUCUCUGUCUGAAUAUGGGAUGUGAUUAGCGUGCUGGACGCAGCGCAGUAUUAUGGCUUUGGCGCACUCUAUGACCGGGCCUGCCGCUUCCUGACAGCAUGAGGUGCGCCGUGUCCACCAUCGCUACACUAUGGUCUACCCUUGUGAUUGGCUGCUGCUUGUCAGACCUGAGGUCCGUAUUACCGUCUGCCCUGGAAGCACAGACUGCCACCAAUAAUACCAUCUAUGGCAUUGUUUUUGAUGCGGGCAGUACUGGGACCCGAAUCCACAUCUACGUCUUCCAGCAGAGAACAGCAGGAUCACCUCUAGAGCUGGAAGGAGAAAUCUUUGAGUCUAUGAAGCCGGGACUGUCUGCUUUUGCUGAUCAGCCGGAGAAGGGUGCAGAGACGGUACGCUCAUUGCUCCGCAUGGCGCAGGACUAUAUUCCUUCCACCCACUGGAAGAAAACUCCGUUGGUGCUAAAAGCCACUGCUGGGCUCCGACUGCUCCCGGAACACCAAGCUGAAGCUCUGCUCUAUGAGGUGAGGAAAGUCUUCCGUUCUUCUCCGUUCCUGGUCCCAGAAAACAGUGUCAGUAUCCUGGAUGGAACAGAUGAAGGGAUCUUAGCCUGGACCACGGUUAAUUUCCUAACAGGUCGGUUACAUGGAGAUCGCAGUGUUGGGACUCUGGAUUUGGGAGGAGGCUCCACACAGAUCACCUUUCUGCCACUGUAUAAGGCAACACUGGAUCAGACACCACAGGACUUUCUGGCUUCCUUUGAGCUGUUUAACAGCACCUACCGCUUAUACACACACAGUUAUCUGGGACUCGGUCUGAAGGCAGCUCGUCUGGCCGUGCUUGGAGCGUCUGCAGCCCAACAGGAAGAGGUGCUCCGCAGCCACUGCUUUCCCCCAGGGCUGGAUGCUGAGUGGACGUUUGCUGGGGUCACCUACAGAUACGGAGGGAUCUCUGAUGGUCUCUCUGGAUUCAAUGCCUGUUACGCAGAGGUUCUGCCCAUCAUACAGGGAAAACUUCACCAAGUUGAUGAGAUUCGAGACAGCCAGUUCUAUGCCUUUUCCUACUACUACGACCGGGCUGUGGAUACCAGUCUGAUUGAUUACGAGGAGGGUGGAGUGGUGGAAGUCAGAGAUUUUGCACGAAAAGCCGAAGAAGUGUGCGAUCACAUGGAGAGCUUCUCGUCCCUCAGCCCGUUCUUGUGUAUGGAUCUCACCUACAUCACAGCUCUACUCAGGGAAGGAUUUGGCUUUGAGGAGAGGACAACUCUGCAGUUGACCAAAAAGGUCCAGGAUGUGGAGAUGAGCUGGACCCUGGGGGCUGUCUUCUGCCUCCUGCAGUCUCUGUCACUCUCAGGGUAACCGAUCCUUCAAAGCGCAACGCAGGAGCCAUCUGGGGCAUUUCGCAGGUGGUCUUUAAAAAGCUGGAACUUUUGAAAUGUUCUUUUUGUGAUAAGCUUACCAGCACUUUAUAGUACAGAACUGGAUCACACAGUGGCAUCACUCGUUAUGGAAUAUGGGAUGAUGCCAUGCUAGAUUUAUAUCUAAGGAUACUUCAUCUCCACUUUUAUAGAACAUCCACAAAGCCAUGUUUAAUUCAUUAUUAAUUGGGAUUUUGUCCCCACCAGCCAGAACGCGGCCUCUCUGUCCCCACCACCAAGGAGGAUAUUAUCACUGCGCUGGUUUUAUACAAUCAGAACUUUGUCAGAUUGUCUUUUCUAAAGUUCUCAGAUGUUCUGCCUAUAUUUAUUAACUAUUUAAUUCAGAAUAUUGGACCGCAGAAUGACUGGUACUUGUCCUUACUGUAAACAUCUCUCGUUUUAAUAAUGUAAUUUAUGGGUGAGAUAUGAAAGGCCGUUUAUUACCGCGUCACUGUCUGACCUCUAACAAGCUGCUAUUUGUUGAAGAAAUAAAAGAUUAAACUUUAAUAUAUUAAA